CCUGUAUACAAACUGAUCUAAUACAAGAACAAUGAUCUCACAUAAAAGUGAGAGGACUGUAACAUGUACCAUAGUUGGAGAUGGAAUGGUGGGGAAAUCUCAGAUUUGUAAAACAUUUAUUGGUGAUCUGACUAUUGAAGAUUAUGAAGCUACAAUAACUAAUGAGCAUUCUGUACUUACACAGUUUAUGGGAGACAAAUAUACUCUCAGGAUUGUAGACUCUUCUGGACAGCAUGAUUACAAAGACAUAAGAACAGUAUCCUAUAAAAAAUCAGAAGUAUUUAUACUAUGCUAUAAUCUAAGUGACAGAGACUCGUUUGAAAGCAUCGAGACAUUCUGGAUUCCUGAAAUAAGAAAACUUUGCAAAAAGACACCAGUCAUUUUAGUUGCCACUGGUAAAGAUAUUCCAGAUAAUAAUGAAAACAAUAAUGUGUCGAAGGAAGAAUAUCUAAGCGUUAUGGACAAAUACGGAAUUGAUGCUUACGUUGAAUGUUCAUCAUAUAAUAAGGAAGAAGUCAAUGAAGUCUUUGAAGAUGUUUUAUUAUCUGUCAUCAAAUCUAAGAAAAAGAGACUUUCAAAUAUUUUCCACCAUUUACUGGCUAGGUGAAGACAAUGUUACUUUACUUCUUGGUAAAUAAUAUAGAUGGAUGCCUUCCAUCUAAUACAUAGCGAGGUACGGUACCAGAUGGUCAGAGAGAGAUAGUUCAUUCAGGUGUAACGACAAUACCUGCCGAACGUGGUUUGCUGAUGCGUACCAAUUUUAAUUGACUUCUUCAGUUGGAAAUUAUGGAUGCAUACGUCAGUAUUGAUAACACUAGCUAUUAUUAAGCCGAAGAGAUUAAUCGUUCAAAGUAUGUUGGUGUCAAAACUUUAAACAAUGAACUUAGAAUGGAAUGUUGAACUAUUACAAAAAGAAUAUGCUGUUACGUGGUUAA